AAUAGUUCCUGUUUUCACCUCAUUUAUUAUGCUGAUGUCUUCAGAUCUGCUGUAAAUUGACACUUAAAGCUCAUUUCAUUGCUGUCAACAGACUGUGGGGAUUUGUGGACCUCAAAUAUGAACAAUUAUUUUUGUCUUUAUGUGUAGAACUGUUUUUCUUACCAUUAUCCAUAUUUGGAAUAAUUUUGUUACAUUACAUUCUGUUAUCAUUUAUAUAUAAAAACAAACCCUGUAACUGAUAUUUUUUUAUUUAUUUUGGCAGAUCCGCUCCUCCCACUGGGAUUCAUCAUCAGUAAAGCUCCUCCCACUGGAAUGCGUCAAUAAAUGCUGGAAUAUUCCCAUUAAAGGAGCAUCAGGAAGAGCUGAAAACUGCAAAGACUGAGUUUAUUAAAGAGGACAGAGAGAACAUGAGUGAUCCAGAACCCUGCAGAAUGAAACACACUGAAGAACAAAGAGGUUGGUGUUUAUUCUUCAUCCAUUCAUGAUGCUGAACAACAUUCAUGUUGGAAUUAUUCAACUACACAUUUAGAUAUGCAGUUCAUCUAAUGUUCAACAAAUGGUCAGUAAAGUGAGAUUUGAAAAAUGUUCAUAUUGAUUGUCAACAUCAGGUCAAAAUACAGAUUAUUUUACAUUUAUUUUAUAUCUGGUUCAAAAUUUGCAACAAUAUGACCAAAAUUUUAGACUUGUUUAAAAAAAAAAAUAGUAAUAUCAGUAAACACCAAACUGUAUCAAGUAAAUUCACUUUCCAGAAUGGCUGACAGGGUUGUAAGCUUGACUUAAGCAAAAACUGAUUGAUAAAGUUGUAUUUUUCAUAAAAUCUAGAAGUUAUUCAUAGUUAUAUAGAUUAUUCUUCUUACAGUAACUUUGGUAACAGGGUUGAUGAAUGGGGUUGAAUCAACACUGUACAGUUUGUGUAAUAACUGAGACGAUGGAUUGAGAUUAUUUUCUUGUCCUCCCAUCAUGUUGUAGAAAGAGCCCAGAUGAUGUCACUUCCUGGGCGUCACAGUUUUAAGAUGAGGAAAAUUCAUAACAGGGUUGAGGGUCGAAAUUCACUUGAGUUUGUUUUCAGUGUCCCAUAUUCACGUGUGUGGAAGUUUGUGAAAGAAAAAGUGUGACCAACCCUUAAUCAUUAAAGUUUUAGUAAAAUAAACAUCAAUCUAAAAGUUGGUGUCAAAAUAUGGCAAUAAUUGUGUCAUUCAUCAAAAUAUUAUAGUUCUCACUACAGAAACAUGGUGAUUUGUCUAUAAUUUUCAAAAUAUAAUAAUUGUUUCAGGGACAUAAUAAAUAUAUAAAAAGGCAUCAGAGUAUUUAUUUCAUAGCAGUUGUCUACUUCAGUGCAUGAAGGUUCACUUUUAUGUUCUUUCACUUCAUAAUCCUCAUUUUGAAUUACUUUAAUAUACUGAAAAUUAACUAUUUUUGUAAUUUCAGAGCUGGUGGAAAUGAAGGAGGAGAGUGAAGAACUGAGUGAAGUGGAGAAGGAACAUCAUGUCAAACCUGGAGAAAAACCUUUGAGUCACUCAAAGACGAAAAAUACAUUUCUAAUGAAAAGAGACAAGAAAUCUUUCACCUGCACUCAGUGUGGAAAGAGUUUCUCAACCAAACAACAUCUUAAAGAACACAUGAAAGUUCACAGUGGAGAGAAGCCACACACAUGUGAUCAAUGUGGGAACAGCUACAGUCAAUCAUCACGCCUUAAAGCACACAUGAGGAUCCACACAGGAGAGAGACCAUUCACAUGUGAUCAAUGUGGGAAGAGUUUCACAUCAAAACAAAGUCUUGACAUUCACAGUGCAGUUCAUACUGGAGAGAAUCCGUUCGCAUGUAAUGAAUGCGGCAAAACGUUUCUCUCGGCAUCAGCCCUGAAGAGACACCUGAGAGUUCAUACAAAGGAGAAGCCACAUUCAUGUUCUGUGUGUGGAAAGAGUUUUUUACAGCUGUGUAGUUUACAAGAACAUGAGAAAACACACACUGGUGUGAGAGAGUACAUGUGCUUUGAGUGUGAGAAGACUUUUAUUACAGCAAGAUGUUUAAUACAGCACCAGAGAAUUCACACUGGAGAAAAGCCUUAUACCUGCCAACAAUGUGGAAAGAGUUUCCCUGUAAAAGGAAACCUUAAAGUCCACAUGAGAAUUCACACUGGAGAAAAGCCUUACAUCUGCAGUCUGUGUGGGAAUGGCUUUGCACAGGAACUAAGCCUUAGGGAACACAUGAAUAUUCACACUGGAGAGAAGCCUUUUACAUGUGAUCAGUGUGGAAAGAGUUUCAGACAUAAAUUGACCCUCUAUAACCACAUGAAAAUUCAUACCGAAGAGCCACUUAUUUGUGAUAAAUGUGGUAAGUUUCCAAUUUAAAGGUAACCUUAAGAGCCACACGAGGAUUCACUCGAAAGAGAACUCUUUUAGAAGUUAUCACUGUGGAAAUAGCAGAGGUGUAAAGAGUACCUGAAAACAAUACUUGAAUUAAAGUUUAGAUACCUUAUCUGCCUCAUAUCCUAAAUCAAACACCUUUGAUUCACAACUACCUGCUAAUGUACUCGCUUUCAUGUAAAGUAGCCUUGUUGACAAGUUUGGGUGGGUAAAGGCAAACAUACAAGAUAUAAUACCUUCAGUGCCUUCUUUAUAGCAGAAACUGCUGCAGAA